UCCAAGCGACAGUACAGGAAGUCAUUCCAUGAUCAUGAUCCUAGCGUUCAUCUGGAUGCGGGCUUCCAGCCAGACACACAAGAGCCACCUGAAUGGGCCAAAGAGCUUAUGAACAGAAUGAUAAAAGUCCAAGAGUGUCUUGAAACCCUCAGCCCUCAGUCAUUGAAUGCGCCCAUGCCACCUCACAGCCAACAGUCAAACAUGGAUCAGUACGGCCAAACC